AAGUAAAUUGCUUCUCUCUACAGCUUUUAUAGUAUUUUGUUCUUCGAUCAACAAAUUGGAAUCGAAUUUCAUCUGUAGAAGGAGUGGAGUAAUGUCGUCGUCGAGUUCAAAGUUAAUGCCGAAUGUGGAUGAACGAAGCAAGAAGAUGCUAAACCUCACUGUGCUGCAGAGAAUCGAUCGUUGUAUUGAGGAGAUCCUCAUCACCGCUGGUCAUGUUUCCUUGUAUAAAUUCAACGUUCACCUCAAUCAAUGGAGCCGCAAGGAGGUUGAAGGUUCUUUCUUUGUAGUUAAAAGGAGUGCUCAGCCAAGGUUCCAGUUCAUUGUUAUGAACCGCAGGAAUACAGAAAAUAUGGUGGAAGAUCUCUUUGGGGACUUUGAGUUCGAGGUUCAGGUUCCAUACUUGUUGUAUCGAAAUGCAGCCCAAGAAGUCAAUGGUAUUUGGUUUUACAAUGCACAUGAAAUUGAGGAGGUUGCAGAUCUCUUUCGCAGAAUUUUAGGUGCGUACUCAAAGGUUCCCCUGAAGCCACAGCUAAGAAAAAGUGAACUUACAGAACAUGAGGUGGUCCCAACAAGUACAGUAAUAGAAGGGCCAUUUGGACCAGCAUUUACCACCUCUAUGGCUGGGGUCGGUGCUGAUGAUUCUUCCUUUAUGAACUUUUCCAAUACUGCUGCAACCAUUGGGCAUACCUCUUCAAAUGUUGUGAACUCCAGACUGCCAUAUCAUUAUCCAGCUCAAACAGUUGAUCCAUCACGCCGAGUUCCAAGUCCCCUACCAUCUUCUGCUUCAAUUUUGCUAGUCUCGUUACCUGUUCAGUCAGCUCCAUCACUUCCUCCACAGUCGCGCCGUGAUUCUGCUAACCUGAUCAAUAGUGUCAAUCACCCUGGAAAUCUUGUGAAGCCUUCUUUCUUUACACCUCCUGCAUCACCUGUAUUGGUGACAACUCCUGUCUCAGCAACAUCAACUCCCGUCAUUUAUCCUCAUGUGAAUCCACGACACCCACAUGGUACACCUCUAGUUCAACCCUUUUCACCAGUUGCUUCAUCUCCUUUUCUCACUUCUACUCAGAUUCCUCCAAAUAGUGGAACACUAAGCAGAGAGAAAAUUCAAGACGUGCUUCUAAUGCUUGUUCAGGACAAUCAGUUUGUCGACUUGGUCUACCAAGCUUUGCUUAAAGGUCAUUCAUGAUCCCUUGAGAGAUGUGGUGAUGUUGUAGAUCUGACACCAUGUACGCGUAGUUUGUAUAUAUUGUAUAUAUUUGUUUCGCGUGCUGGAGAUUUGGACUUGUCUUCUUUUCACCUCAUGAGGAGACUAACUAGAUCUAUGACGAUGUAAUAUGAAACUUGGACAAUCCUCAACGGAUCCUUAUAAAUGUCUAUGAACCAUUUAAUAUCGACAAUAGCAAACACUGAAACAUUUCUGUAAAUUCUACGCAGAGUUUUGAUAGAAUUUGGUGAAUAUCAUGGCUUUGGUAUGCGGAAUCAUUGAAGUUCA